AUGGGUGAAGCAAUCUCUCCAGAAGAUGGAACAUAUGGCGUCAAGGGCCUUCCCCGGCCACCAAAUACCAUGAGAUACCCUGGAGAAAUUCCCUACGUAAAGGGCCUUCCAGUCCGUAAAGAGAUAUCGUCUCUUGCCAGCUCAGACGAUUCAAAUGAGCGGAAACAGUGGACGCUAUUCGUGCUAGCCUUGGAGCGCUUCAAGUCUAUGCCCGUCGAUGACAAGCUAUCCUACUUCCAGAUUGCCGGAAUCCACGGGUAUCCAGAGGUUGCCUGGGACGGCGCGCCGGAACCAAAACAUGCACCGGACAAGAAGACUAAACAGGCUGGUGAUCAGCCUUUCGGUGGAUACUGCAACCACAACAGCCUGAACUUUCCUGCAUGGCAUAGACCAUAUAUGCUUCUCUUCGAGGUGAGAUCUGAUCUUGGACAACAUUGA